ACGACAUAAAAUCUAUUGCCGAAUGACCAUGCGCAAAUGCUGCGCGACUAUGAGCUGACUGAAGGAAACCAAAGAUCACUUCCUGAAAGUUGGUGCUAGUCGGCAUUGCGGUGUUUGUGAUGUCUGGCAGAGGCUUAACUUUUUUGUGUGCAUUAAUAUGUAUUUCUCGGCUAGUAAGACUGGCAGCUGCGUCGCCACCAAACGUUAUCAUUAUGCUUAUGGAUGACAUGGGUUGGGGGGACCUGGGGGUUUGGGGCCAGCCCUCCAAGGAGACCCCCAACCUGGAUGCCAUGGCUGCACAGGGGAUGCUUCUCCCAAACUUCUACACCGCCAACCCGUUAUGUUCCCCUUCCAGAGCUGCACUUCUCACCGGUAGGCUACCUGUCCGAAAUGGCUUCUACACCACGAAUGGUCACGCCAGAAACGCGUACACACCACAGGAGAUUGUGGGAGGAAUCUCCCAGGAUGAGAUCCUGUUACCUCAGAUGCUGAAAAAGAAGGGAUACGUUAGCAAGAUAGUUGGGAAAUGGCAUCUCGGCCACAGAGCGCAGUACCUCCCCUUGAAGAAUGGCUUCGACGAAUGGUUUGGUGCACCCAAUUGCCAUUUUGGGCCCUACAACAACAGCGGGCGACCCAACAUCCCCGUCUACCGCAACUCGGAGAUGGUCGGCAGAUACUAUGAGGAGUUUAGUAUCGACAGAAAGACAGGAGAGUCCAAUCUCACCCAAAUCUACUUGCAGGAAGGUCUUGACUUCAUAAAUCAGCAGAGUCUGGCCCAACGGCCCUUCUUCCUGUACUGGGCUCCUGACGCCACCCAUGCCCCCGUCUAUGCUUCCAGACGCUUCCUCGGGAAGAGCCAACGAGGCCGCUAUGGAGAUGCGGUGAUGGAGCUGGACUACAGCGUUGGGCAGAUCCUGUCCAGGCUGAGGACUUUGGGUAUUGAAAACAGCACCUUUGUUUUCUUCACGUCGGACAACGGAGCCGCUCUAACGUCUGGCCCGAGUGAGAGUGGCAGUAAUGGGCCGUUCCUCUGCGGGAAGGAGACCACCUACGAAGGGGGCAUGAGAGAGCCUGCCAUUGCCUGGUGGCCCGGACACAUCACAGCGGGCACGGUGAAUUUCCAACUCUCCAGUGUGAUGGACCUGUACACCACCAGUUUAUCUCUGGCCGGCAUCGGCCCACCUGAUGAUCGAGCCGUGGAUGGACUGGACCUGAGCCCCGUUCUCCUGAACAGCUCGCACGCACUGCACCUUCGGCCAAUCUUCUACUACCGCGGGAACGAGCUGAUGGCCGUCAGGCUCGGGCAAUACAAGGCGCACUACUGGACCUGGACCAACUCGUUGGAUGAGUUGAAAAAGGGUGUGAACUUCUGUCCGGGUCAGGAGGUCGCGGGGGUUACCACGCAUGAGCAAAAGGAGCACACACUUCAGCCUCUCAUUUUCCACCUGGGUCGAGAUCCCGGGGAGAAGUUCCCGAUCAGUGUUUUGACCAAGGAAUACCAGGACGCACUCAGCCGCAUUUCGCCAGUUGUGGAUCACCAUAAGAAGACGCUGGUCGCAGGCAUCCCCCAGCUCAACAUGUGCGACGUUGCGGUCAUGGCAAGUUUUCCUCGCACAUAUCCUGUAAAACAGACACAAAAUUGAGUACAAAUAGUAGGAAAACUGUCAAAUAAAUGUAAGCUUGUGUUCAAUUAUUAUUUUCAUUUUUUAUUUGAGCAUUAUAUUGUUUUAUGUGACAGUAACCUAAAUUAUAUUCUGUUUAAUAAUUGUUGAAACGUUCUUAUGUUGCUUGCGUUUGAUUGGCUGAAGGAAAGCAGGAAGUGUUUUUUGUUGCCGGAAGAAGGCGUGUUCUUGUUCGUUCGUUCGGCGGAGCAGACGUUGAAUUUUUAAAAAAAACUAUGUUCAAAGGAUUCCAUCUCUCCUUUUGCCUGUUCUUAAAGUAGAGCUAUCCACUAAAAACAAUGAACCCCUCAACCUUCAUAAACAAUAGGUUGAAAGAGUGUAAGCGAAAUGAUGCAAAGCACCGAGGUUCUCCUAACCCUAAAUAUUUAAUUGCAUUAGUGACACAACUUUAAAAAAAAAUUAAUUCAGAACGAAUUUAUAUUGUUACUAAAACCACCACCGUAAUUGUGGACCACUCGCUUUUUUUCCCCACUUGGAGCUCGAAAGAAUGUGACGGCAGACUCAUUUGUGAUAUACUACUGCCCCCUUGUGGGAGAUUAAUUAAAUGCAAGUGCAGUGAACACGGAGGCGACCUGCAAAUCAAUUCAUACAAUACUGCGCCAAAUCAUUUCAGUAUAAUGCCGACGCAAAAAGACAGAAAACAAAAACCCAAGUCGAACAGCAUUUUGACCUUGCAUAUAUCAAAAAAAUACGAAAACAUAACCUGUAUGAUUGCCACAGCCUUGCUCAACAUCCAGGCAAUAUUUUAUUGUUUAAAUGCGUCUGUGCGACUGCUGUUUUUCCAGAACUGGGCCCCGGCCGGAUGUGAGAAGUUAGGAAAGUGUCUCAAAGUGCCCACGUCGUCUCCCUGGAAGUGCGAGUGGCCACACUGAGCAAGCGGGAAGCCAAACUUGUCCAUGUACCACACUGCAGUUGAGAUGCAACUUUUGGAUCUGUUAAGUGUUCUUAAAUGUGCGCAUUUGUUAAACUCACGUCUAGUAUUGAAUAAGAAUUUUUGUCCAUGAAUUUAGAUUGCUGUUUUUUUUU